AUGUCAACAAUGAACGCGGUCCGGUUCUACGGGCAACGAGACAUCCGUCUGGACCAGAUCCCAGUCCCGGCGGUGAAACCAGGGCAGGUCAAGAUCGCGCCCAAGUUCUGCGGCAUCUGCGGGUCGGACCUGCACGAGUACCUGGGCGGGGCGAACCUGAUCCCGGAGGCGGGCAAGCCGCACCCGAUCACGGGCGAGACGCUCCCGCUGACGCUGGGCCACGAGUUCUCGGGCGUGGUCGAGGAGGUGGGCGAAGGGGUGGCGCACGUCAAGCCGGGCGACCGGGUCUGCGUGCAGCCGAUCAUCUACGACGGCGACUGCCGCGCGUGCCGGCGAGGACUGGUCAACUGCUGCGACCGCAACGGCUUCGUCGGCCUGAGCGGCUGGGGCGGCGGGCUGAGCGAGCACAUGGCGGUGCCCGCGAGCUGCGUCAAGCCCCUCCCCGACAACAUCUCGCUCGAGGUCGGCGCCCUGAUCGAGCCGCUCGCCGUCGGCUGGCACGCCGUGUCCAUCUCGCCCUUCAAGCCCGGCGACUCCGCCCUGGUCCUCGGCGGCGGGCCCAUCGGCCUGGCCGUCGUGCAGGCCCUGAAGGGCAAAGGCUGCGACAAGAUCAUCGUCAGCGAGGUCAGCCGUCGCCGGAGGGAGUUCGCCACUGAGUUCGGCGCACACCACGUCCUCGACCCCACCGCCGUCGACGUCGUGGCCGAGGUCGACCGUCUGACCGGCGGAGAGGGCGCCGAUGUCGGCUUCGACGCCGCCGGCGUGCAGGUCGCCGUCGACAGCGCCUUCAAGGCCAUCAGGGCCCGAGGCACCCUGGUCAACAUCGCCGUGUGGGAGAAGAGGGCUACCUUGCAGAUGAAUGAUGUCGUUUUCAGAGAAAGAGCCUAUAUGGGAGUUGCAACGUAUGCCCUGGGCGAUUUCGAAGCCGUCAUCGAUGCCAUCUCGUCUGGAAGGAUGAAGCCAGAAGGUAUGAUCACCAAGAAGAUCAAGCUGGACAAGGUGGCCGAUGAAGGCUUCAAGACCUUGAUCGAGGACAAGGAUAACCACGUCAAGAUAUUGGUCGACGUGGGCGCUGGGAUAUGA